GUCAAAUUCCCGAACACGUAGGAGCUCCUCGCGCUGCUCCAACACGACACGGAUAACGGAUUCCUGAUCGCUGUUCGAUGAGACACCGCUUGUAAUUAAUGCCAUCUGUUCACGCGCAACCCAGAGAAGAAAUCGGGCUGUUGACGAUGUUUGCUGGACUGAUGGGGCUGGGAUGUCGCAGCAGCUCUCUGCUUCACCACUGCGACCUCGCGGAAGAUGGCAGAGCAUCAGGGACAGCUGGUAGCUCCGCUCGUAAGAGGCUCCACCGAAGACCGGGGUACAUGAGAGGGGAGCAGUCCAGACUUCAGAGCACCACUCAUGGGCGGGAGGAGGAGGAAGAGGAGGAGGAAAGGAGGUCCACUUGUUUUAGGAACGGUAAAUCCGAACGUCACACUGACACCACAGAGGGAACCAGCGCUCAGACUGAGCGACAUCCUGAUCAACUCACAUGUGGCUCCUGGAGGAGUACGAGUUUUCUCCGCUCUGUUCUCCAUCCUCUUCCUCAUGUGGACUACACUGACAGUAAUGGUGCAUCCGGCCUCCAAGGUCCAUCUUCUCUGCCUCAGAAUGAACUCAGGUUAAGCCCGAGCCCGGCUGCCCGGUCCUCACCAGAGGAAUCCUUUAACUCCAGCUUCAGUUUUAUCCAGCAGUCUCUCAACUGUAGCCAGAAGACAGACCCAACCACUGACUGGGAAACAGAACCACUAAGUCAAUCAACUGAAGCACCUAGUUCACCUCCAACAAAAUCAGCAGCCUUAUCCACUGUGCACAAAGUCUCAAAACAGUCAGCUGUUGUCCAAUCACUGCCCUCCUGCACCCCGAGCAGAGAGGAGACGUCAUUGGGCGGGAGGUUCUGGCGUGAGUGUCUGUGGGAGGUCGGGCCGGACCUGCCCGACUGUGACUCGCGAUCUCUGGACAAUGAGAUCACCUCCUCACUGUCUGUGGACUCGGACACCGCCUCCGCCUCCUCCAUCACCUCUGGCUACGAGAGCGCCACCCCCACCUCCGACCAAGGCUGGGACAACCUGGUGAAGAAGUACGAGGGCGUGCUGCAAGACUGCCUCCAAAACAACCGCACUCACACCAAGAUCGAGUCCAUGAUGUUGAAGCUGCAGAGGCUCCAGCAGAAAGCCAUUCUGCAUGAUGACUAUGACGCAGCUGAGCGUUUUGGUAAAAAGCUGGAGGAGCUGUGCAGGGAGCGCUGCGCUCUGAAGCUGGGGUUGCCCUCGCGACAGCCCGGCGUGGCUCUGUUCCUGGAGCGGCUCAGGCGGGUGGUGCACAGCGCCCUCCAGCGGGCAGACUGCAGUCAGUGCAGGGAGACUGUAGAGCCUGACGCACGGGAGCGGUUGGACUCCCUGCAGGGCCCAGUGCAGCGAAGAGAUCGCCUGAUCCAAGAGAAACGGCUGGUGGAGGAGGAGAUAGAAGAGCUGCAGUGGCGUCUGGCGGAGCUGAAGGACCGCGGUCGAUGCCUGGAGCAGCAGAUCCAGCAGGAGGAGCAGCAGGUGGAGGCCGAGGAGCUGGAGGGCUCCGUGCUGAGGAGCUGCUCCGUGGUCCAGCUCCGCGACAUGAGCCGAUCCCUGCAGGACCUCGUCACCUCUGAAAACCGUGCGCAGAUCUCCGUCUCUCCUUCACCCUCCUUGCUCAGACUCCAGGAGCAGGAGCAGGCAUUGAAUCUGUCCAUCAAGGAAGCCACUGCUAAAGUGGUCAUGAGUCAGAGGCUGGGCAGCAGCCUGAGGAGGAAAGUCAGCGAAGCUGAAACUCAGCUUUUGGCGCUGCAUGAAGCCAAACUGGCAGCUAUCUCGGGUAAUGCCUUCAGCAGUGCCAAGGAGCUGAAGGCUGAGAUGAAGGCGGUGUACCUGGAGCGGGACCGGCUGGACGCUCUGGCCAAGAGGCUGCACAGCCUCAGCUCGGGGAGCAGCCAGGAGCUGGGCAGGAUGAAGGAGCAGCGGCAGCAGCUCAGGGAGGAGCUGGAGCAGAGGGAGGCUCAGCAUGAAAGCCGGCUUAAAGACAACACUACCAAGUACAUCAAGACACUGGAGGACCGAUUGCACAGCUGUGGCUGUCCGGGCUUGGAGCGGAUCUGGGAAGCCGACCUGGAGGCGUGUCACCUGUUCUUGCGAGGCCUCCAGUUGCGGACUCCCUGCUGCAGCGGAGGAGACAUCGAAGACCUCCCCGCUGCAGCAGUGUAUCCUCCAGCCCGGCCGUGCACCAAAGAAGAAGAAGAUUGUGCCAUGCUGACUGCGUUAGGCGGGCGCUGGUGUCCUGAGGCCAACUUGCAGAACUCUGAGUUCACAAAGAAAUUGGAGGAGUUUUUGUUCUGCAUGGAGGAUAAUCCCCCAGAGGAUGGGUGCAGCGAGGCUACAGACCUGAUGGAGCGCUGCGAGCUGAUCAGUGACAGACUAUUGACCUUGGAAGAUGAAUUGCAGAUGGCCAUACUGAACCGGGAUCAGGCCCUCACCCAGUUGUUGGAAAAGGAGGUUCAGGAAGUAAAAGCCACUUUACAAUCCAUGCUCGCACAGCUCGAAGAGGAAGAAGAGGAAGAAGAGGAGGAAGAGGAAGUGAAUGGGUUACACGAUGACGACCUUAUGAAGAACGGGACUGAGGAAGAAGAAGACGAAGAGGAGGAGAAGGAGGAGGAGGAGGAAGAGGACCAGUACUUCAGUGACAGCUGGGGUAUUUGAAAUGGAUUUGUGUAGGGUUUUAUGACCACUCAUACACAGACCCGCUCUCUGAGAGCCUGACCUCAGCUUUGCAGUUGGAGUGACCCCAUAUCCAUUUACUGUAAAGCCUCACAAGCAGCCUCUGUGGUACUGCCGAAAGUUUCCAGUACAAAGCCUUGGGUAACAUUGCAUCCAUUUCCUUUUCUAGAAUGGAAAAACAUGAAGGAUUUUUAUAUAAAUGCAAAAUAUAAGACAAUUUAAUCAAGAGAUCCUCAAAUCUUGCCAGCCUAAGUUUAACCAGAUAAAGAGCGCCUCAGGCCACAGAGCCAACAAAGCAAUUAUUUUUUUAAAUUAGGAUGUUUUUGAAUAGGUAAAUGUCUUGCAAGCAAUUAGGUAGAAUGUUUUAGUCUGUAUUUACUGAAAAAAACAUUACUAUGAAACUGAUUAAUACUCUUGAUUAUUUAGUUUAUUGGGUUUUUUUCCCAGUAAUGUCAGUUACACAGAGAUAUCUAUAUCCAGGGCUUUUCAAUUCAAUGACAAAAACUGAAAACUACAUUAUUUUUAAAUAGCAAGCAUGAAACCAAACUCACUUAAUCGCUCGCCACGACCACCUGUUUGAAUUUUGGCUAAGGACCAAGUGGACAAACAAAACAUAUUUUAUUGCACACUUAAACUAAAAAGCAUGUUUCAUCUUUAGGUCAGCUAGGCACUUUUUGUACGAUUGGACUUCAGUUACGUAUCAUUUUGUCCAUGAAAUAACUAAUUUGUGGUGCUACAGAAUGGGAGCUAACUUGAACACUUUAUGGUUUUCUUCGUGUAGAAAAAGGUAAUCUUUAGAUUUUUAGCACUGUGCUUGGAGAGAUGCUCUGUAUUUUAAAAUACAUCCGUCACAAUAGUCAAAUUGUGUCUCAUGCAUGUAGGAAAUAUUGAAGGAUAAAAUAUCAGUGGACACGAAAGUAGAACUAUUUUUUAUUGUUUGUUUUUCUUUUGUAUCUGCCACUGAUUAUAUGUUAUUUGUAUUGUACUUAAUGUCAGCGCCGAAUCUUCAUUCCACUGGGUGUCGCAUGACUUUUUGCCAGAAACCAUUUUGUACCUUUUAGCCAUUAAUCAGUUUUGUUUUGUAUCUACUGUGCAGCUUGAACUGGCUGUAUCAUAUUUCAUAUUUAUUCCUUACAGAAUCUCACUAAUUACAGCAUGUACCAUUCA